CGCUCCGGAGGGCGCGAAAACCCAAUUGACAAGAAGUCCCUCCGAAGCCAGCCGGUCCGAUUUGCGUUCGGCUUGCUGUUCCCGUGGGGGUCCCAGUCCCGAACGUCAAGCCUGAAGUGCCUGGCCCUGGGAAACCUCGCGGCUUACUGGCCGCGACCUGGGGUCCCGGUUGCCCGCCUUUUUUCACCGUCUCUUCCCGCGUUCGACUUGGCUGAGCCGGGCCCAGCACCGCGACCGUUCUGGGCGGGUGGGCGGCGGGGAGUCCGAGACGGGCUCUGCAUUCCAGCUCCUAGUUCCUACGGGAGCCAGCAGCCUCCAUGGCCUCCAGGCAUGCCAGGCUGGGCCGUACAAGGUCCUAGGAGCCGGGAUUCCGGGAAGCAGGGAGCAUGGUGGGGGUCCUGGCCAUGGCGGCGGCGGCGGCAGCUGCUCCCACUGCGGCGAAGGACUACGAGAUUGAGGCAUGUAAAAAGCGAAGGAAAGAUGAUGACAGAUCUUCCUGUGAAACAAUUACAAGAUAUUUAUCACCAAUAGGGAAGACUGAAGACAGGGUUUUCUCUCAGCCAAAAUCCAGUAAUAUUCUGGAUUAUUUUAGAAAGACUUUACCCGCAAAUGAGAAGACUCAAUCAGCAAAAGAGUACAAAAUAAAGUCGUCUCCACCAUUGCCUGCUGAUGUUGGCAAGGACUGUAAAAUACCUUUGGACAUGUUCUCAAAUACAGAGUUUAAGAACAGAAGAAAAAGAGUUAAUCUAUCUCAUCAACUAAAUAACGUUAAAACUGAAAAUGAAUCUCCAAUUGAAAUUAGUAGUGAUGAUAGCAAAGAGGACUCUAGUUUAAAUCAUGAUUUUGUGGAGAGUAGUACUUCUGUUUCACUCUAUAAGAAACAUGUAGAAACACAUGCAGAAAGUAUUCAAGAUAUCAAAAACCAGUUAAGCAUUAUGACCUCCAAAAAAAGUUCUAAGAAAGUAAAUCCUAAACAAGGGACCAGAGAGAAUGGUUGUAAAAAAUUGAGGAAAAGGAAGCUCCAAGAGGUAAUAGACCUAUCUGGAAGUUUAUCCUUGGCAGAAGAACUUAAUCUCCUUGAAGAUAAUAAAGAUAAUAAACAAAUAAUGCCUUCCCUAAUUAAUGAAAUUGAGAGUACUGCAAAUAAUAUAACUGAAACAACCCAGUUAACUGGUAGUACAAUAACUGUCUCGUAUGAGGAAUUUUUAAAAAGUCACAAGGAAAAUAAAGUGGGACAGAUACCAGAUUCUACAAUGUCAAUUUGUAUUCCUUGCAAAACUGUUGAUGAUAGAGUCAAAAGUGGUUGUAUAAGUGAUACAGAAAUCUGUGAAGUCUCCCAACAAGUACGCUUUAAGACAGUUACUGUUCUUGCACAGGUUCACCCUAUUCCCCCCAAAAAGAUAGGGAAAAUACCCUCAAUUUUCUUGAAACAAAAGCAGUUGGAGAUGGAAAAUAGUUUGUCUGAUCCUGAGAAUGAACAGACAGUUCAGAAAAGAAAAUCUAAUGUCGUAAUACAGGAAGAAGAACUAGAAUUGGCAGUAUUGGAAGCUGGAAGUUCCGAAGCUGUGAAAUCAAAAUGUACUCUAGAAGAAAGACAACAAUUUAUGAAAGCAUUUAGGCAGCCAGCAUCAGAUGCACUUAAAAAUGGACCCAGAAAGUCUUCUGAUAAGCAGAAAGAGCUCAAUGAAAAAUCUUCAAACGAGGAAGAAAGAGACAGUUAUUCCAAAAAAAUCAUGGAAAAUCCCAAUAUCCAAAUGGUUUCAAAUAAUGGCAAUCCACAGUCACACACUAAUAAAGGAAGUUUUCCUAAGAGAUGUAAAAAGCUGAAGAAAAAAAAUAAAGUGUUAGAUACUGGUACUACUCUAGGUGAAAAUAGAGAGGGAAAUACUCGAAAGAAAGAAACAACUUUUAAAGGUAAACAAAAUAAAAACAGGCUUAGAAUGAGUUUAAGACAAAAGAAAAGAGAAGUUUUUAAAAACAGCCCUUUAUUUAAUAGUGAAAGUUUUAUGUGUGAAGAUACAACAAAUGAUGACCCUCUAAAGAUUUUUUCUCUCCGUAACAAUAAGUCUUCAAGAAAAACUAGCACACCAGUUAAGGAUAAGGUUAUACAUUCUACAGCUGAAACUGAGGACUCCUUGGUAAAUGUUUCUACACCCAGGUCAACCAGAAGAUCUGCAAGUGGUAGCAGGACACCUACUACAAUAACCAUCAGAGAUACAGAUUCUGGAAAUGCACAAGAUAGUCCAGUAAAAGCUUCCACUCCAAAAGCAGCCAACUUCACAGAAAGGCAUAGCUUGUAUACAGCAGAAUUAAUAACAGUAUCCUCUGAUUCAGAGAGUCCUAUUAGAAUGAAAUUUACCAGAAUUAGUACUCCCAAAAAAUCUAAGAAGAAAUCUAAGGCAAGAGCCAAGAAAUCUGAAGCUAUUGACGGAGAUUUUACCUCUCAAACUAAAAAGGCAAGCAAUACUUCAAAAAAUGUAUCAAAAGCAAAACAAUUGGUUGAAAAAGCAAAAGCUUUACACAUUAGUAGGUCAAAAGCUGCUGAAGAAAUAGUGACACCCUUAAGGCGUUCAUCUAGACAUCAGAUUCUUCCUGAAAGGAACAAAAUAUCAGGCACAGAAGACUCUGUAAUAAUAAAUUCAAGUUCUACUUCUUUAAAGCAUUCUGAGACAAAGCAGAAGAAACUCCAGUGUCUAAAUGAUGUGCUAGGGAAAAAACCUAACAAGACUCCUAAAAAUGUACCUGGAAAAAUGAAAGUCGCACCUUUAUUUCAUACCCGAAAAGCUCAUAAAACAGCUGAUCCUAUCCUUGGUUUUGAUGAAAGCAGUCAAGAUACAUCUGAAAGAUCUCAGGAUUGUGACAUGCAGCUGAGAGCAAAGCGUGACUUUCUAAUGAGUGGUCUGCCAGAUUUGUUGAAACGGCAAAUUGCAAAGAAAUCUGCUGCAUUAGAUGUGUACAAUGCAGUGAGUACCAGUUUCCAGAGAGUUGUUCACGUACAACAAAAAGAUGAUGAGUGCCAUUUGUGGCAUUUGAAACCACCCACUUGUCCUCUUUUAACUAAACUUAAACAGUUGAAUACUCAAGUAGAGGUGGAAGAUCUCUCAAAAUGUGUUAUUGCCCUUGGUGAAUUUUCAACAUUGAAUUCAAAUUUGAAAAGUAAUAAAUCUGCUCUUGUGUUUACGGGAAGAAGGAAGGACUUUACUGAAGAAGUAAGAAAUCUUUUGCUGGAGGAAAUUAGGUGGUCAAAUCCUGAGUUUUCUUUGAGGAAAUAUUUUCCUUUGCUUCUUAAAAAACGAACUGAGCACAAAGUACUCUCUGAAUGUCAUUGUGAACAAGAAAUCGUACAGCUAGAGCCCAGUGUCAAUCUAAAAGAAACCAAAAGGAAACGAGUGGAAACAGAAAACCAUAAGUCAAAAAGAAAGAAACCAAAUGAGUACUCAGAAAAUCCAAAAAUGAUAAAUGGAAAACCAAAAGAAUUUGACAAAAGAAACAAUUCCACUGGGACAAAACUAAAUUCUCCCAAAGGUCGAUGUUCUAAAACGUGCAGGAAGAAUCAAGCUGCUCUGAGUACUACAUGUAAAGUGGAAACAGAAGCAGUAGGAGAUUCUGAUGUUCUCAUAAUAGAUGACGACAAAGCUUCUACGUCAGAAAUAUCUUCUAUUCCUGAUUCUGGAACUGAAGACACACUUUGGACAGAAAAGUAUCAACCACAGAACUCCAGUGAACUCAUAGGCAAUGAGCUAGCUAUAGAAAAGCUGCAUAGUUGGUUGAAAGACUGGAAAAGAAGAGCUGAAUUGGAAGAAAGACAAAAUUUGAAGGGAAAAAGAGAUGAGAAGCAAGAUCUGUCGGAUAGCAUUGACUUUAAAGGCAGUUCAGACGAAGAAGAGAAUCGUCUUUGCAAUACUGUCCUCAUAACAGGGCCAACAGGCGUGGGAAAAACAGCCGCAGUGUACGCUUGUGCGCAGGAGCUCGGCUUCAAGAUAUUUGAAGUAAACGCUUCUUCUCAGCGCAGUGGAAGACAAAUUCUAUCUCAACUAAAGGAAGCUACUCAGUCCCAUCAAGUAGACAAGCAAGGUGUAAACGCACAAAAACCUUGUUUUUUUAAUAGCCACAACAUAGGCAGGUCACCAAAAAGAGAGGAAGGGGGAGAGAAAGAGAAACAUCAGUUGGUUGCCCCCCAUGCAUGCCCCAACCAGGGACUGCACCACAACCUAGAAAAAUUCAGUUCCCCUAAGAAAGUUAUUACAUCACCAAGGAAGCUUCCUCCACCAUCACUACAAAGUACUGGAGCAAAGCGAGCACUUCCACCCAAAACUUUAGCAAAUUAUUUUAAAGUGUCUUCCAAGACGAAAACUAGUGAAGAAAUAGGAGAACUUCUGGAAAGUAAUAAAGGAAUCAAAAAUUUUUUUGAACAGAAGCAAAUUAUUCAGACUAAAUCUACAAACGCAACUAAUUCAAAUGCGAAAGACUAUGGAGCCGAGGAGCCCAACCGGAAAAAUGCAACAUCUCUCAUUCUUUUUGAGGAGGUUGAUGUCAUUUUUGAAGAAGACGCUGGGUUUUUGAAUGCAAUCAAAACAUUCAUGGCGACAACUAAAAGACCUGUAAUUCUUACUACAAGUGAUCCAGCAUUUAGUUUAAUGUUUGACGGCUGCUUUGAAGAAAUUAAUUUCAAUACUCCUCCUGUGCUAAAUGUUGCCAGCUAUCUACAGAUGAUCUGCUUAACUGAGAAUUUUAGAACUGAUGUGAAAGACUUUGUAACGUUAUUAACUGCAAAUACAUGUGAUAUUAGGAAAAGCAUCCUUUACUUACAAUUUUGGAUUAAAAGUGGAGGUGGACUUUUAGAAGAAAGGCCAUUAUCCCUUUCUCGAGGAAACAGCAAAAAUGUACAACCUAAUUGCUCUGAAGAUGGCCCUGAUUCCAAAAAUAACCCCAAAAAUACUAAAAGGAACCCUAGAGACCUUCCCAGAUGUGACACUGGCUGUGUUGAUACCUUGUUUGGCCUUAAGAAUAUUUUUUCUCCAUCUGAAGACCUAUUUUCAUUUUUAAAGCACAAAAUCAAAACAAAAGAAGAAUGGCAUAAGCUCAUCCAGCUUCUUACAGAAUUCCAAAUGCAGAAUGUAGAUUUUUUAUAUAGUAAUCUUGAGUUCAUUCUUCCAUUACCUGUUGACAUCAUUCCAGAAACAGAAAAGCUCUGUGGCUCAUCAGUAAGCAUGGACACCAGUGCAACAACAAAACACAAGAACUGCCUUACUAGGAAACAUGCUGGAGAGAAGCCAUUGAAAAAGUCACAAAAAAAGAAACGUAAGAAAAAAAUGGUAAUUCUUGAUGAUAGUGACUUAUUUGACACCAAAUUGGACUUUUCUGAAUUUCUUUGCCUACACGCUGCAUCUUCUUCCUCAAAUUCAGAAGAAAGCAAAACCAAAGAAAGCAAUUCGGAGGCAAAGGAACUAAACAAAUGUUUAAAGUCUAAUAUUGAAUCUAUUCCUUGUCCUCCUAAAACACCAGCAGAAAAAAAAUGUUCUGCCCUUGUUUCUGACUGCUUAAAUUCUCUUACAGAGUUCAUGGAUAACAUGUCCUUCUUAGACGCCCUUUUCACUGAUGUAGGGAAACAGAAGGAACUUGAUAAAAAUGACUUUAGUUGGACAGAUGGAAAGGUUAAAAGUGGACUUUGUGAUGAGUAUAGUCUUGAAAGCAGUGAUGUGUGGACUUCUCAAAGCUCUGGAGAAUUAAAGGCAGCUGUGGAAGCGCUCAGUUUCACUAAGUGUUCUUCUACUAUUUCAAAAGCGUUGGAAACCUCCUUGAAUUCUUGCAAGAAAUUAGGCAGAGAUCCAAUGAAAGACCUUACUUUUUAUGUUUCACAAAAGCGCAAUGAUGUGUACUUCAGUCAGUCGGCUGGUAAUUUAGACUGUGCUCAGAAGAGGAUAGCAGUCAUUAAGAGGGUAUUUUCUGGCCGAUCUCUUCUGAACCUGGGGACUAGACAAGCUAGUGUAAUGGAAUACUUGCCGACUCUUCGAAACAUUUGUAGGUCCGAGAAGCUAAAAGAACAAGGAAAAAGUAAAAGGAGGUUCCUGCACUAUCUUGAAGGAAUUCACCUUAACCUUUCAAAAGAGACUGUGAAUACUUUGGCAGCGGGCUUCCCUUAAUAUUCUACAUGAACAGUGCUUGUACAGAUUAUUAUGUGGUCGUUAAUAUACAUUUUUAUACUGGUUUUCCUGGAAGUUUAUCUCUCUUAAUGUACAUUUAAAACAGACUAUUUGUAUAUAUUAGUGUGCAGAUAUUUAAAAUGAAGACAUUUGACUUACAAAUUGUAUUUAUGAUGUGGUGUAUUCUUUUUAAAAUUUUUUUGUAUUAUCUGAUUUAGCUUUGUUGGAGUAUUUUUGUAUGUGAGUGAACUGUUCCUAGGAGGUAGAAGUUCACUAAGAUACUUCUAAAGAUGUUUUACUGCUAAACUAAUCCAUAAUUUUUCCCUUUCCUGGUACCUUUAAUCCCCCUUUCCAACCAAGUGUUAGUACUCUGUUGAGUUGUAAAUGUGAAUCUCUUAGGUGAUUCUUUUUAUUCUAAAAUAAGAAUCUUUGAAACAAAUUGGUAUAAUCCAGAAUACAAAAUUGCAUAUGUAAUGCAUAAGAAAAAUUCCUAAGAAAGAAAUUAUGUUUCAUUUUUCAAAAAGAUCUUCAUGCCCUGGCAAGUGUGGUUCAGUGAACUGAGUGCAGGUCUGACCCCAAAAGGUCAUAGGUUUGGUUCCAGGUCAGAGCACAUGCCUGGGUUGUGGGCAAGGUCCCCAGUUGGGAAUGUGCAGGAGGCAACCAUUUGAUGUUUCUCUCCUUUUCCUUCUCCCUCCCUUUCCCUCUUUAGUUUCUGAAAAUAAAUAAAAUCUUUUUUAAAAAGGCAAUCUGUUUGAAGAUUUUACCUUUAAAAAAUCUUCCUGAUAAUUUUAUUUUGGUAAAAUAAAGUAAUUUGGUACUCCUCCAUUGUAUUUUACCAUUGAAUACUGAAUGUUGACAAAGUGAAAUCAAGAUUAUGAAUUAUAGUUUUCAUAAAUUUUUUAGCAACCAUACAU